UCGAAGAAGAAAAGAAAAGUGGCGGAGAUUUAUCAGGCUCUGAACAGCGACCCGAUCGACGUGGCUGCGCUCAGGCGGAUGGCGAUCAGCAAGGGGGGGCUCUUGAUGGACGAGAUCCGCUGCAAAGUGUGGCCGAAGCUGCUGAGCGUGAAUACAGACGACCUGCCCCCCCGUCCAGCUGCUUUUACUUCGCUCCAACUCUCUUUCGAGUGCGGGCCCUGCGUGCACGCCGAUUCCUGCAGGGUCUGCCCGGAUUUUAUGGACCCGACGAUGGAUAACACCAAGCACAUUUUAAAUUACCUGAUGCCCAUCAUAGACCUGGUGAACCCUGAGGUGCAUGACUUCAUGCAGAGGAGCAGGCUCUGCUCAGAGGACGGAUGUAACUACCCAGAAGGGUUUUUCCGUGGCCUCGGAGUCUGGGGAAGGAUCGUGCUGCACCGGCAGCAGGAGGUCCUGGACUGCGAGUGCGACAUGGCCUCUGUCCACCACCUCCUGUCCCAGAUCCCCCAGGACCUUCCUUACGAGAAGCUGAUCAGAAGAGCCGGGGACCUUUUUGUCCAGUUCCCACCAUCCAAACUUGCCAAGCAGGCAGCUCAGCAGCAGGCGGAACGAACUGCGGCUUCCACUUUCAAGGACUUUGAGCUGGCGUCAGUGCAGCAGAGGCCGGACACUGUGUUGAGGCAGCGCUUCAGGGAGCGGCCCCGAGCGGAGGAGCGGACAAAAUCCAUCUUGACAAAGCCGAGGACCAACCGCUUUGUCAAGCUGGCGGUGAUGGGGCUGACGGGCGCGCUGGGAGCAGCCGCCCUGGCCGUGGUGAAGAGCGCGCUGGAGG